CUUUGCAACAUCUCCCUUACUCUCAACUUGACCACCUCUUGACUAGCGCGACCAUGCCCAUCGCCGUCCCCGUCGCCAAGCCGUCCACCGCGCCCAACAGCCGCACCGGCGCCAAGGCCCCAGCCAAGGCCGUCAAGACUCCGGCCGCCACUCCCAAUGCGAGCGGCAACGGCAAGCCCCAGCGCCGCAAGAAGCGCAAGGAGUCCUACAACAGCUACAUCUACAAGGUCCUCAAGCAGGUUCACCCGGACACUGGCAUCAGCAACAAGGCCAUGAUGAUCAUGAACUCGUUCGUCCAGGACCUCUUCGACCGUAUCGCCAACGAGGCGUCCAACCUCGCCAAGAUCAACAAGAAGGCCACCCUCGCGUCGCGUGAGAUCCAGACCGCCGUCCGCCUCAUCCUCCCGGGCGAGCUCUCGAAGCACGCCAUCUCGGAGGGUACCAAGUCCACCACCGAGCUCCUGGCCGAGCCUGCCGGCUCAGUUCAGCGUGCCACACUCCUACGACCUGGACCCGAAGAACUUCUUGAUGCCGCCAAAGAUGAGGAUGCUCCUCCCGAUGAAACGUCCAAAGAUGAGCGGCAGGCCGAACUUGACCCAAGUGAGAGGCUGCAAGAGUCUGGCCUCGGGCACGGUGGUGAGGUCCCUGCUUGUCUGCCCCGCCGGCGGCGCCGAGUCCACGGGCUUGCCGGUAAACGCUUCGAGCGCCUCAAGCAUGAUGCCGACAGUCUGCUCCGGCUGGCUCAGGAACGGCGAGUGACUCGUUUGCAGCUCCCUGUGCUCGAUGCGGCCGCCCAUCUCCCGCGCCAUGCCGAUGCCCAUGCGCUGCACGGCCACAGGCAGGCCGCGGUCCUCGAUGGUGCCGAUGUACCAGACGGGCACGUCCUUCCAGCCGGGGGCCUUGAGGCUCUGGGGCUGGAGCUCGGAGACCCAGUAGGCGGCCUCGUCGUCGGGCACGUCGUGGUAGAACAUCUCGCGCGGGGACAUGACAAUGUCGGCGAAGCCGGUCUCGCUGUUGACGCGCCACGCGGGUGGCGGGCGGCCGAACAGAGGGUCCAUGAAGGAGAGGCCUGGCAGGUUGCAGCCCGAGGCGAUGAGGAUGAUGCCGACGACACGGCCGGUGGCGCCGUCUCGCGGCCCCGUGAAACCCUGGACCGAGCUGUUGCCGACGAUGCCGCCGUACGAGCGCCCGGGACCAAGACGAAGCUUCAACAUUGAACAACAACCAGCACCAUGGCGUCAAUAUCAGCACCAACAUCACUAGCGACCUUCCCCUAUGCGCACGCGUCGUCGUCUCGCGUGCCGCACGUUACGCUGAGCCCGGUGCACGGCAGCCGGGGGCGGCAGGCGGUUGCCGCUGUCCACGGGGACGGCGUGUGGACGCACGACCUCAAGACGCUCAAGCCAACGACCUCAUUCACCGUGCCCCCGUCGACCGUGUUCGCGACGGCGCCGGUGAGCUUCCUCCCGCCGUCGAGCGAUGACGAUGUGGAGAUGGACGGCGGGCGAGUGACCGCCGUUGGCGUGCACUCGGGCGACGGGGUGCGCGGCGAGGGGCAGGGGCUGUGGGUCUGGCGCGGGGACGAGGGGGAGCGCAAGGCCGUCACGCUCGACGCGGCGGUGCACUCGCUCCACCCGACCAACGGAGGGUGGCCGCUGCUCGCUGUCGGCGUCGACGGCGGGCUGUCCCUCGUGUCGCCCGAGCUCAAGGUAUCCUCCAUCGUCGCGACGAGAAAAGAGGCCAAGCCGGCGCGCACGCUCGCUGCGGCCGUCGUUGGGCGCCGCGUCGCUGUCAUUGACGCGCGGGGCCGCGCGCGCGUGUACACCCUCGGCGACGGCGACCGCGCCGAGCUCGCCCUCGACGCAGGCCUCACGCCCGACUCGGUCGGCCUGCUCUCCGCCGACGUGAACGACGACGGUGUCAUCACCGCCAUCGACACGCGUAACCGCGUGCACUCGCGCCGCGUGACUGACCUCGACGCCGCCCGCGCAGGCGACGGCGUGGCCCUCGCCCAUCCGGCCACCCCCGCUGUUGCCCUCUCGCUGCCAGCCCUGGCCGCGACUCCCAGCCGCUCGCUGGCCGUCGUCGCUGUUCCUUCGCCUUCCUCCUCGGUCGCGCUCGUCGCGCCCAGCCCCGAGCUUCCUGCCGUGCUCGCCUCGGCAAGUAUCUCAACUGCGUCAAACACGAGCAUCACCCACCUCGCUGUCCUUGCCAGGCAUAGCGCGACGCACAUCGUGCUCGGCGCGGUGCUCACCAUCCCCGACGGCGGCAGCAAGACUGCGGGCCGGAGCGUCAUCCACCUCGCCGACAUUCACCUGCCGCCCAACGGUGUCGGCCUGUCAUUGCUGGUCGGCAACGCGGCCAAGGCGGCGUCCGUGUUCAACCUCCCCGGCUCGAGCAGCGUGCCCCAGGGCGCCGAGAAGAUGGUCGGCCAGGUGACUGCUGCCCUGGCGGCUGCAGACGUGGAGCGCGCCGAAAAGGCCUUCUCGACGUGGAUCGAGAACGAGGACAAGCAGCAAGGGUCCAGGGCCAGGCCGGCCGAGGGUGUCGUCCGCCGCCUCAUCAACGCCGUCUUCACCGCCGCCCUCCCGAAGAAGGACAAGGCGGAGAAGGAGAGCACCGACGCGGCUUCUGCCCCCGCCGUGCCUAAGACCAAGCUCAAGGCUGCUGGCCCGUAUGCCGGCAAGAUCAUCUCGACUCUCGUUGACCGCCGGGUCGUCACCGACUCGAUGUGGCCCGGCGGCGUGAUCCUGGCGGGUCUCGUGCCCGCUGGCGACUGGCACUCAAUCAGUGAGCUGGUCAAGCACAGCCCCGCGCUCCCAUCGCGCAUUCUCGUCUCGCUUCUUGCGUUGUCACUCGAGCCCAGCCCUUCUGUCGGCCUUGCUGCCGUGCUCCAAGACGUGCUUGCUGGCCCCGUGCCCGACCCGUCUUACCGCGCUGCCCUCCGCACCGGGAUCGACGGCCAGGGCGCGCUCCGCAUCCUCGAGCAACUGGCCAAGUGGGCCGAGCUGCAUGCCAACGUCGGCGAUGGCCUCUCAGCCUGGCCGCAACACGCGCCUAAGAUCAAGCCGACGCUCGCGUCCGUGGUGGCGCACUCCUCGCUCUUGCUUGACGCGCAGCUCCCGACGCUCGUGACCCUCCCCGAGUCAGAGGAGCUGCUCACGCGCCUGAACGAGGCGCUCGCACCGGCACUGGCCGCGCAGCAGAACUACCGCCGCCUCCGUGCGCCCAUCGACGCGACACUCGCUGCCAACGCCAAGGCCCAGCGCAAGGCCAAGGAAGAGGCCGCUGCCGCUGCCACUGCGGCACGCAACCAGGGCAGGAAGCCCGCCGGACGCAAGGCUGUCGCCGCGGGCCCCGGCCUCGCCGACGAGGUCGUUGGCAAGUGGAAGGUCGAGGACUUUGUGUUCUAGAGGGGAGGCUGUAGGAUUUGGUUCUGGAGGAGCACAUCAUAUGCAUUGUUGGUGGCACAGGCUUGUGUGUGUGUGUACGAGGGGCGUCUGUGGCGAGUGGCACCCCAGCUCGCUCACCUCCCUUCCAUGCCUCGCUCAACGCUUUGUGCCGGUGCUCAUGCAUGAUGCCCACGAGUUCAGCACGAUGC